UCCCGGCUGCUUCCAGCAGGGACGGAUCCCGGGAUCGCGGCGCCGCGGUGACCCCGGAGGGGACUCGGGGCAGUGCGGACGGUGUCCGGGGAGCUCGGGGUGCCCGGAGAUUUCGGGGUGUCCGGCAGGAUCGGAGUGUCCAUCGGGAUCGGGGCGUCCAGCGGGGUGUCCAUCGGGAUCGGGGCGUCCAGCGGGUCCCGGAGGCCGCAGCGGGCCUGGCGCAGGGUCCCGGUCCCGCGGCCCCCGCGGCCCCCGCGGCGCCGGCCAUGGAGGAGCGGAGGAAGAAGCGGAGCCCCAAGACGUGCCUGGCCCAGCCGGUGCCCGCCGGGGCCCCGCGGCCGCUGCCCCCGAGCAAGAGCGCGUCCUUCGCUCUGCCGCUGCCCGCUCUGCCCUCGCCCCGGCAGCGGCCGCGGCCCCGCCGGAGCAGCAAGGAGCGGGCGCGGGCGGGCGCGGGGGGAGCCCGGGGGGCCCCGAUCCAGCACAGCUUCCUCACGGAUGUGUCGGACGUGUGCGAGAUGGAGGGAGGGCUGCUCAGCCUGCUCAGCGACUUCCACUCGGGAAAACUGCAGGCGUUCGGGAAGGAAUGCUCCUUCGAGCAGCUGGAGCACGUGCGGGAGAUGCAGGAGAAGCUGGCGCGGCUCCACUUCGGCCUCGACGUGUGCGUGGAGGAGCUCCCGGAGGAGCAGAAGAAGGCGGCGGCCGACAGGAACCUGGAUCAGCUUCUGGCACACCUGGAAGAGCUCAGCAGCUCCAUACAGAAGCUGCACCUGGCCGAGAGCUCGGACCCCGAGGACGCGGCGCCCUGACCUCGUCCCUGUCCCUGUCCCCGUCCCCGCCACCCCCGGGACCCCAA